AUGGUUCGAUUGCGAUCUGGUCUGGUUGCUGGCGAAUACGAAGCGUUGCAAACUUCUGAUCAAAGGGACUCGACGAGGCAACCCCCCGCCGUCCCAAACGAUCAGGAACGCGUCACAACGUUGGAACAAUAUAUGCAAGAUCUGAGAACUAGGGUCAAAGACGUCAUGCAAGCAAUGAAAGGGAAGGGCCAGGCCACAGUGAACGAUCUGGUAGAAGAGGUGGACGACAAGGUUGCCCUCACAGCCUUUAGGGGAGGACUACAGACUUCUAAGUUCCUAUUUUCCUUAUCAAAAGAAGCCCCUACAAACAUAACAGAGUUGAUGGUUAGAGCGUGGAAGCACAUGAACGCUGAGGAUGCUAUGAAUGCACGAAAAAACAAAGAUGGUGAAGAUAAGAGGUCGGAGAAGAAGAGGCCAGCACCUAACACUAGGGAGGAAAAGGAAUCGAAGUACAAGAAAUUCUCAAACAACCAGGCUGACAGAUCGUCUCGCCGCCCAAUUCAAGAUGACGCAUCAUUGAAAUGGCCGCCAAAGCUAAAAGCUGAUCCAACAAAGAGGUCUCUAGGUAAAUACUGUAGGUUUCACCGUGACCGUGGACAUAACACAGAAGAUUGUUUCAACCUCAAAAACCAGAUCGAGAACAUUGUUCGUAAAGGUCAUUUACGCAAAUUCACAACUAGAAAUGGAAAAGGAGGCUCCAACCCAGCCCGGGAGGGCCGAGAUGAUCGCCCUCCUCAACACCAACCAAUGGGUGAGAUCAAAGUUAUAUCGGGUGGCUUCGCUGGUGGUGGUGAGACAAGUUCGGCUCGGAAGGCUCAUGCUAGGAGAAUUCGGAGUUUUUCAGAGGUGAAUUAA